AUGCCACAAGGUGGACGGGGUCCCAUGGUGCUGCUAAAGCAGCAGAGGUUGCCCGCAUGGCAGCCCAUCCUUACACCUCCACAUGUUGCGCUAGCUUUUUUCCUGCUGAGCAUAUUGUUUAUCCCUUUAGGGGUUUUCGUGACGCUAAUGAACAAACAGGCGAAGGAGGUCACCGUUCGUUAUGAUCAUAUUCAUCGCUGCACAAUUACACAUAACACAGGCGCCUUUAUGUAUGAAGGCAACAAUAUGACGUUUAAAACUGGAUGUAUGACGGAAGUUUCCUUUGAUAUCACGGAGAAACUUAAGGCCCCCGUAUAUCUUUAUUAUGAAUUAACAAGGUUUUAUCAAAAUCACAGGCGGUAUUCAAUCUCGCGAAACGAUGAACAAUUGGCCGGUAAAGCCGUGAGAUAUUUGCCAGACACGUCACCUCUUACCAUACCAGGGGAUAUUUAUGGAAUCUCUGGGACUCCCAUCAAAUACGUGGAUGGUUCGGAUUUGCGUUACAAGGAUUUUUUGUACGUUCCAGCCGGCCUCAUUGCCUGGUCCAUUUUUAAUGACACGUUUACUCUUUACACAGAGGCGACGAAUGGUGGAACUCCACGAAAACUCAUAUGCAACGCGACGGAUUUUUCGAAAGGGAACAAUCUUCCUCUUAAUGGCUCGGAGUCAGAAAAUAUGUGCGUCAAGAAGGGGAUUGCUUGGGAUACGGACGUGGAAUAUAAGUUUAAGGCCCCGGAUUUAGAGGCGAAAAAUCGUUUCUGGACGGCGGCAAAAGAAUUGUACACGGGGAAGGUGCCUACUCCAGAACUAUCAAAUGAUGACUUUUUCAACAAGGGGUGGUACGCGGGUGAACUGGGUCACGCCAUACCCGUGACAACCGAUGAGGAUUUUAUGGUUUGGAUGCGUCCUGCAUCGCUU